AUGUUUAAACGUAUCCUCGAGUGUCUUCAUCUUUUCAAGUUCAAGCAAUUCUUCAAGAUCAAGAAGAAGUUGGGUCAGGGAGGAUUUGGAAAAGUUUACCUUGUCUCACGAAAAGCAGACCAAAAACUUUUAGCCGUCAAACGAGUGGAGAAAUCUAAAGUCAGUGUCCUUGUUGAGUCAACAGCGGGGAUUCUUCCUCUUGAACUGUACUGUUUGAAGAAUCUGAGGCACGACAACAUUGUUCAAACGCACGGUUAUUUAGAGACCAAAUUCCACUGGAACAUCUUCAUGGAGUACCUGCCAAACACGAUGGACUUGUUUGACUUUGUGGAAGAAAAGAAACGCCUCUGUGAGAGUUUAGCUCGAGACAUCUUCAUCCAAAUACACGAUGCCGUCACUUACUGUCUUUCCUUGGGUAUCGAUCACCGGGAUAUCAAAGACGAGAACAUCCUGAUCGACACAACCACAAACAAGAUCAAACUCAUCGACUUUGGUUCAGCUUCUCUAUACGACAGGUCUACCCCCUACACAAUCGGUCGCGGAACAGAAGUAUUUCUUCCACCAGAGUUUUUCUACAAAGGAUACUUUUACCCGAUAGAAGGAACAACUUGGGCUCUAGGUUGCCUGGUUUACAAGAUGGUAAUGGGGUACUACCCUUUCGGAAGUUCAGAGGAGGUUGUGGAUUGUAAACCACGUAUUGUUAAAGUUUCUCCUAUGUGCAGGAGUUUCCUCAGACUUUGUCUGGUGAGAGAUCCACUGGAAAGGAUUGAGUAUAAGUACCUGCUGAAACAUCCUUGGUUUUCUUUGGAUAGAACUCAUCUGUGAAUAUGUGGUGCUUAUUUUUUUAAAGAACUGAUGUUUCAUAUUGAAAUG